AUGCUCCGUGUCUUGGCGCCUCUGGUGCUCCUUCUGCUGUGGCUGAUGAGGAUCUGGGCCAGCCCCCAUUCCCUGAGGAUUGCUGCCAUCCUGGAUGACCCCAUGGAGUGCAGCAGAGGGGAGAGGCUCUCCAUCACCCUGGCCAAGAACCGCAUCAACCGCGCGCCCGAGCGGGCGGGCAAGGCCAGGGUGGAGGUGGACAUCUUCGAGCUGCUGAGGGACAGCGAGUACGAGACAGCAGAGACCAUGUGCCAGAUCCUCCCCAAAGGCGUGGUGGGAGUCCUGGGACCUUCCUCCAGCCCAGCCUCCAGCUCCAUUAUCAGCAACAUCUGUGGGGAGAAAGAGGUUCCUCACUUCAAAGUGGCUCCAGAGGAGUUCCUGAAGCUGCAGCUCCAGAGGUUCACCACCCUCAACCUGCACCCCAGCAACACCGACAUCAGCGUGGCCGUGGCAGGAAUCCUGAAUUUCUUUAACUGCACCACUGCCUGCCUCAUCUGUGCCAAAGCUGAAUAUGCCAACGCCUCCAUGUCCCACACCAUCCUGCAGAAGGCAGCUGAACUGGGGAUGGCAUCUGCCUAUUACACCUAUAUCUUCACUAAUCUGGAGUUUUCCCUCCAGCGCCUGGACAGCCUGCUGGACGACCGAGUCAACAUCCUGGGGUUCUCCAUUUUCAACCAGUCUCAUGCCUUCUUCCAAGAGUUCGUCCAGAGCCUCAACCAGUCCUGGCAGGAGAACUGUGACCACGCUCCUUUUACUGGGCCUGCACUGUCCUCGGCGCUGCUGUUCGACGCGGUGUACGCGGUGGUGACGGCGGUGCAGGAGCUGAACCGCAGCCAGGAGAUCGGCGUCAAGCCCCUGUCCUGCGGCUCAGCACAGAUCUGGCAGCACGGCACCAGCCUCAUGAACUACCUGAGAAUGGUAGAAUUGGAAGGUCUCACCGGCCACAUCGAAUUCAACAGCAAAGGCCAACGCUCCAACUACGCCCUGAAAAUCCUGCAGCACACUCGCGGUGGCUUCCGGCAGAUUGGCCACUGGCACGUCUCUGAAGGGCUCAGCAUGGACAACAGGAUCUUCUCCUCCAACAUAUCCGACAGCCUGUUCAACACCACGCUCAUUGUCACCACCAUCCUGGAAAACCCUUACUUAAUGCUGAAGUGGAACCACCAGGAGCUGGAAGGCAACGACCGCUACGAGGGUUUCUGCGUGGACAUGCUGAAGGAGCUGGCGGAGAUCCUGCGCUUCAACUACAAAAUCCACCUGGUGGGGGACGGCGUCUACGGCGUCCCCGAGGCCAACGGCACCUGGACAGGGAUGGUCGGGGAGCUGAUAGCUCGGAAAGCUGAUCUGGCCGUGGCGGGGCUGACGAUCACGGCGGAGCGGGAGAAGGUGAUUGAUUUCUCCAAGCCCUUCAUGACUCUGGGAAUUAGCAUUCUCUACCGAGUUCACAUGGGCCGCAGACCCGGCUACUUCUCCUUCCUGGACCCCUUUUCUCCGGGCGUCUGGCUCUUCAUGCUGCUCGCCUACCUGGCUGUCAGCUGUGUCCUCUUCCUGGUGGCUCGGCUGACACCAUAUGAGUGGUACAGCCCCCACCCCUGCUCCCAAGGUCGAUGCAACCUCCUGGUGAACCAGUACUCCCUGGGGAACUCGCUGUGGUUCCCAGUGGGGGGGUUCAUGCAGCAGGGCUCCACCAUUGCCCCCCAGGCUCUGUCCACGCGCUGCGUCAGCGGAGUCUGGUGGGCAUUCACCUUGAUCAUCAUCUCCUCCUACACGGCCAACCUGGCAGCCUUCCUGACCGUGCAGAGGAUGGACGUCCCCAUCGAGUCCGUGGAUGACCUUGCUGACCAGACAACCAUCGAGUACGGCACCAUCCACGGCGGCUCCAGCAUGACUUUCUUCCAAAACUCCCGCUACCAGACGUACCAGCGGAUGUGGAAUUACAUGUACUCCAAGCAGCCCAGCGUCUUCGUGAAGAGCACGGAGGAAGGGAUCGCGCGCGUGCUGAACUCCAACUACGCCUUCCUGCUGGAGUCCACCAUGAACGAGUAUUAUCGGCAGCGCAAUUGCAACCUCACGCAGGUCGGGGGCCUUCUGGACACCAAGGGCUACGGGAUUGGCAUGCCCGUCGGCUCCGUGUUCCGCGACGAGUUCGACCUGGCCAUCCUCCAGCUGCAGGAGAACAACCGCCUGGAAAUCCUGAAGCGCAAGUGGUGGGAAGGAGGGAAGUGCCCCAAAGAGGAGGACCACAGAGCCAAAGGCUUGGGGAUGGAGAACAUUGGUGGAAUCUUCGUGGUGCUCAUCUGUGGCUUAAUCGUAGCAAUUUUUAUGGCAAUGCUGGAAUUUUUGUGGAGCCUUCGACACUCUGAACAGUCAGAGGUGUCGGUGUGCCAAGAGAUGGUGACGGAGCUGCGCAACAUCAUCCUGUGCAAGGACAGUUUCCACCCCCGUCGGAGGCGAGGGGGGGUGGUACGGACUCGCCCCGCUCUGCCCGAGGAGCGCCGAGCCCGCAGCACAACCACGCUCAGCAACGGCAAGCUGUGCAGCGGGGGCGAGCCAGACCCCCUGGCACAAAGACUGGCACAAGAGGCCGCCCUGGUUGCCCGGGGCUGCACCCACAUCCGCGUGUGCCCCGAGUGCCGCCGCUUCCAGGGGCUCCGGGCGCGGCCGGCCGCGGGGUCACCGGCGCGGAGCGAGGAGAGCCUGGAGUGGGACAAGGCCACCAACAGCAGCGGGCCCGAGUAG